AUGAUCAAUAGUCAUUUCGAUGACCUCACAUUUGCUACUUUUACAGUCUCUGCUGGAUUAUUCCUCCCACUUCCUACUACUACUACUACUACUACUACUACUACUACUACUACUACUACUACUACUACUACUACUACUACUACUACUACUACUACUACUACUACUACUACUACUACUACUACUACUACUACUACUACUACUACUACUACUACUACUACUACUACUACUACUACUACUACUACUACUACUACUACUACUACUACUACUACUACUACUACUACUACUACUACUACUACUACUACUACUACUACUACUACUACUACUACUACUACUACUACUACUACUACUACUACUACUACUACUACUACUACUACUACUACUACUACUUCAAUCAGUGCUCUCAUUAAUGUUAAUCAGAAUCAGAGAUGGCAUUUUCCAUUCAGCCUACACAACAAUUGCCUAACAUUCUCCUGUAGGCGUAGUGAAAUUCACUAA